AUGGUUCAUGGUCAUCACGGUCACUCGCGCAUCGGCAAACUGAUUAGCAUCAGGCGCCACCGGAAAGCCGGGCUUGAUGAGCAAGAUGCGGGCUCUGAUUUACCUGAUCAAACCCCCAUCCUCCCCGAUACUGAUAAAGUUCCGGAUGAAAAUUGCGACUCAAAAAAUUCCCUGUGUCUUGAACGUGGCAUGAAUGAAUCUGAUCUACUGCUUGAAAAGCGGGAUGAGACGACCUCCGCCGACCCGACUAUAAUUGAGACUGUAUUGCAGGUAGUCGAUGCUAGCUCACAGAUCCCCUUUCAGUCGACCGCUACCAAAUUUCCGACAACGAUAUCGGGUUCUGCGUAUGCCACUGACCUUCCAUCUGGCUCAGAUGGCUUGACUGCGACUGCGACUGCGAGUAUCUCUAUAGAUUUAGGGUUAUUGACCUCGCCGACAGCAUCGUCAAUAUCUGAUACAUCGAUUUCAAGCUCCGCGGACUCCACUCAAACUUCUUCGACCGCUUCCACAAACUUAACAAGUCGACUUCCAUCAGCAUCAAGAUCUGCCUCGGCCACAGUCAUCAAUUCGCCUGUACGGACUCCGACUCGCCUCAUCGCUCCAUCUAGCCCCAAGCCCUCUGCUACGACCACAUUAUCCCAAGCGCACAAUUACUGGUUAUAUCCUGAUCAUAGCUCCAGUUCUGCCUCCGCCUCCAGCUCUAACUCCAACUCCGGCUCGUCGACGAGCUCGGCCUCCAGCACAGACUACACAACCUCUUCAUCAAAUGUAAAUGGAGGCUCCGAGUCGACUAGCUCAGCGACUGGUACCGGAUCUACGCCAACUGCAAGUCAAACGCUAGUCUUGGGGCAGAAUUCGACCAGCAAUCCCGACACACCUAAAAUCGUGGGCGGUGUAGUAGGAUCAGUUGCCGGCCUGACCCUUAUCGCUCUUCUUCUAUUUUAUUAUCUCCGCCGCCGAGGAUUCUUUAUGGAGAAAACGGGACGUCCCAAUAUGAUAGGUGAUGCGGCAGCUGGAGCAGGGGCUGGGUCUAGAGAAAUUGUCGAGCGACGUGAAAGCAACGACCCCCUCUUCACAGCUUCAUAUCUCGCCCCCGCAUUCAUGAAGCGCUGGCGCCAGUCAACUGCAACAACCCGCUCUGGAAGCACCAUUGACUCUGCCCCCAGUGAACGCGGGUUCCAAAAGAUUUCCGGCAGAAAGCUUCCUCCCGUCUUCACUCACGGUGGAGACGGAUAUGGUGGCGGAUUCGACGGCGAUUCUCCCAUCGGAUCAGGUUUCUCUGCUACCUCACCAGCAAUGGGACCAAUGGCAUCACCCUCAUUUUAUGCUCCGCCCCCAACCUCGCCAUACGGCAGUCCCCUAGACUCAAAUUUCACCCGUGAGGUUGAGGAGCCCACCCCACCGACACGGCCCAACCUUACCCAUCUCCCUAACUCCAAUACGGUGACCGUUGCCACUCCCAUCACUGUCACGCCGGCCCACCCCGUUGCGCAACCCCAGAGUGCAAUGCCCUUCGUACCGCCGCGGCCGGAUGGACUCGGCCGCAGUCUGCAUAGUUUCGACGGGAGUCGGAGCAGUCGCUUCACUGAGGUUAUGGAUCAGUAA